GAGGAGCGAAAGAUGGCGGCGCCUUGUUUCCCUACGCCAUUGUACAGGCAUGUGGGCCGUGGCUCCUUCAGCGACGUGUACGAGCCCGCGGAGGACACAUUUCUGCUGCUGGACGCGCUCGAGGCGGCGGCAGCCGAACUCACGGGAGUGGAAAUAUGCCUUGAAGUAGGGUCAGGGUCUGGAGUGGUAUCUGCAUUCCUAGCCUCUAUGAUAGGUCCUCAAGCAUUGUACAUGUGCACUGAUGUCAACCCUGAGGCAGCAGCAUGUACCCUGGAGACAGCACGCUGUAACAAAGUCCACAUUCAACCAAUAAUUACCGAUUUGGUCAAAGGCUUGCUACCAAGAUUGAAGGAAAAAGUUGAUCUUCUGGUGUUUAAUCCUCCCUAUGUAGUGACUCCACCUGAAGAGGUAAGGAGUCACGGGAUAGAGGCAGCUUGGGCUGGUGGCAGAAAUGGUCGUGAAGUCAUGGACAGAUUGUUUCCACUGGCUCCAGAGCUCCUUUCACCAAGAGGAUUGUUCUAUUUAGUCACCAUUAAAGAAAACAAUCCAGAAGAAAUUUUGAAAAUAAUGAAGACAAAAGGUUUACAAGGGACCACUGCACUUUCCAGGCAAGCAGGCCAAGAAAUCCUUUCAGUCCUCAAGUUCACCAAGUCCUAAUCUACAGUGUGUGCUACUGAAAGCUGCAUGCAUUUGGCAUAUUUUGAAACAGAAGUCAUUUCUUAGUUAACAAAUAAAGUCAGAAAUUUGUCAUAUAGAAAAAGGCAGAAGAGUAAGGCAUUUCCUUUUGCCCAGGAAUCAGGCCUACAGAAAUAUUUGCACAAAUGCAAGUAAAUAUAUAUAAUAUGUAUAUAUAAUUUGAAUUUUAUAUAUUACAUAUAUGU